CGGAAGUUGCGUGUGCGGUGGCGCCGCUGCAGCGAACGCAGUGCUGCAGGGCCAGGGCUGCGUGCCGGAGGGUGCUGCUAUGGCUUCCAGCAGCGUGGCUGGGAAGCCCUCCGGGUCCGCAAACGAGGCUCCCGAAAUCCCCGACAACGUGGGAGACUGGCUUCGGGGCGUCUACCGCUUCGCUACCGACAGGAAUGAUUUCCGGAGGAACUUGAUCCUCAACUUGGGACUUUUUGCUGCAGGCGUGUGGCUGGCCAGGAACUUGAGUGACAUCGACCUCAUGGCACCCCAGCCAGGGGUGUAGCUGAGCAGACAAACGGAAUUGCUGUGCUGUACUCGUACCUUCCAGAAGCAGUAAGCCAUCUGUGACACGCCCGGAUGGCAGCUCAGGUUGGGUGCUGUGGGGAGCCCCCCUGCCCUGCCUGCUCUUCCUUGAGUCCACUCAGCACUCUGCUCCCUGGUGGGCGGCCAGGCUGCAGCCAGGGUGUUGCCUCUGCUCUGUAAUGUCCUGGACGUGGUCCCUGCGGUUUGCACCGCCUUGUCCUGAGGAGUGAUGAUAGUGUCUUAACCAAUAUUUGAAAUAAAGACUGCGUACAAGGACA